CUGAACUUUGCAUCUGUCCGUUUGCUCAGGGUGACGUCAGUGAAGCCGUCUGCGUGGUUGGUUCAGUCUCUCUGCUCUACCUGUGGCGUUGGGUCCACAUGUUCUCACAUGUUCUCUCAUGUUCUCACAUGUUCUCUCAUGUUCUCACAUGUUCUCUCAUGUUCUCCUGCUGCACGUUACCCUCAUGCCGUCUGGUUCCUGCUGUUGCACAGCAGAGCUGCGGUUUUCCUUUAAGAGGCUCACCCUGUGGGCGGAGUUUGGGAAGUCUUUUGAACUUUGGCUUUCGGUUCUUGUUUAAUAAGCUGUCAGCAGCAGUAAUGUUCCUGCUCAGGAACUGUAAGCAUGGCUGUGUUUGAGUUUUCUCCGUUGGAUGUCAUCCUCGCUUCCUGUGGUCUGCCCCUCUUCCUGUUCGACAUAGUGCUGGACAUCUGGGCUGCAGUGGAGUUCUAUAAGGACGGGAAAUACUGGUGUCUGGCUGUGUUGCUGCUGCUGCUGAUCGGCUCCUCUGUCCUGGCUCAGCUCUUCAGCUGGCUCUGGUACAGCUACGAUAACUUUAAUUUAAACACCACAGUGGAAAAAGGAGUGGAGCCCUGCCUCGGAGUCCUGCAUUACGUCCAGCUGGGGAUCUACGUCAGACAUUUUGCUGUCGUGGAGACCGCCGUGAAGAGCUGGAACGGAGGAAGUGAGCCCAAGGAUUUGGCCGUGUCGCUGAACCACGACCUGAGCAUGCUGAGGAUCAUCGAGACCUUCUCAGAGAGCGCUCCUCAGAUCGUCCUGAUGCUCACCGUCAUCCUGCAGGAGGAUCGUCUGGAUUACACCACAGUACUGAAGACCAUCGCCUCGCUGCUGGCCGUUGCCUAUUGCGUCACCAUGUACCACCGCUGCAUGCGCUCCUUCCUACCAGAGAAAAAGAAGCAGAGCAUCAUCUCUUCCGUGGUCUACUUCGUGUGGAACCUGCUCCUCCUGUGGCCUCGCAUCGUCGCCCUCGCCCUCUUCGCCUCCGUGCUGCCCUGCUUCAUCGUCGCCCACUUCCUCUGCUCCUGGCUGGUGCUGUUCUUCUGCGCCUGGCGUGCAAAGACGGACUUCAUGGACAGCACAGGGGGGGAGCAGCUGUUCCGGGCCACUCUGGGCCUCAUAUGGUACUUCGACUGGUUCAACGUGGGGGCAGGGAAGACCAGGAAGUGGACCAUAGCGUACCACACCUACAUCCUGGCUGAUAUCUCCCUCCUCUGUGGGCUGUGGUUCUGGAGGAUGAGCGUGGAUCCUCCUCACUCCCAGAUCUCAUGUUUCACGGCUUCCAUCAUCUACGGCGUUGUGGUUUUGGUUUAUGCGGUCGGGUUGGUUUGUAAGGUGGUUUAUUAUCUGUACUUCCAUCCAAAUGUUGAAAGAAAGGAGGAUCUGAAGGGCGAGGAAGAUGAACUGGACUCCAUUGUUGCACAGGAGAAUGGGGGAUUUCGGUCAGUGGUCCCGCAGGGUCACUGCAACAAGAGGAUGCAGAAACUGGCUCAGAGCUUCUACGUCAAACCAGCUGCUGGUGUUGGAGCCUGAAUCCUGCACAAUCACAACCGUUCUGGUUCCUCCACAGAGACUGCCUGAGCUGCAGGAAGGGGGCGCUGUGCUCAAAGACCUGUUCUGAUCCGAGCUGCUUCUCUGGACCCCGAUGUUCCAACUGGUCCAUCAAUCCCUUCAAUGAAAGGAUCUAGAAACAUGAAAUUCCUCUUUAACGGCUCCAGUCCGGUUCUUCCAGCCGGAACCUCGGGGCUCCGGUCCGGUUCUUCCAGCCGGAACAUCGGGGCUCCGGUCCGGUUCUUCUAGCCGGAACCUCGGGGCUCCGGUCCUUUA